CUAGCCUUUACAUCAUGACGAGGUCCGGCAUGAAUUUGCAAAUGACCGUGUAAAGGCGAUAAUUAAAAUUAGCGACAUCUUGUGGACAAAUACAACAUUUAAAACUAGGUGGAGCCCACGCAAUCAAUAGACUAGACUAUGCCUCGAUCAGAAUAAGUAAGGCCAUAUAGAAUUCGCUUUCACAUAAACAGUAUGCAGCCGGUUUAAUAGCCUCUAUGGACAUCAGGAAUUGCCGUUAUCAGCGAUUUGACGUCGGAAAUUAGAACGUUUGGCUGAAGUAUUAACUAUAUGCGAAUUCUAUAUAUAAGGUGAUGACGCGCUAGUUUUAUGAUUUCCUACAACCCUUGGGUCAUCAGUAACUAAAAUAGAUUAACUAUCUGCGGAUUAUAUUAAUGUCUAAUAACUAGGAAAAAGUUGUUGAUGCGCUUGUUUCAUGAUUUUCUACAUCGAAACUUUGGGAUAUCACUAACUAAAAUAACGUCUUGUAAGUAUGAAAUAGUUAGACCAAACCUAUCUGCCAUAAAUCACGGCUGUCAUCGAUGAUUUAAAUUCUCUUAAAAUAUCUAUAUCACGGUAUCGCCGACGGUGGCGGUCUGAGAGUGUAGAAAAAGAUGAUAGAUGUGUGCUUUGGGCGAAAUGAGAUUUCCCCUGCUCUAUAAAGACGAUCUAAGAACAUCACCCGAGUCCCAUGCAGGAGCAGCAACAUUAUCCGCGGAAAAUUACGAGCUUAAGCCCGUAUGAAUUUCAUUUAAAAUUUCAUUCUUUGGUAGGAGGCAUGUUUUUUUUACCCCACCCUCCCUGAAAGACUCGCCCUGGUAGAUUCAUUGCCUGUCAAUUUCACUCGAGAACGAUCAAUAUCGCGAAGUCGCAGCCCACUCUUUUGAAAAACACGAGAAGGUAUAUUUCAUGGCGAAACAGACGCUUGCAAGGGCCAAUGGGAAGGCGGAAGGCUGCGCACUUGCUAAGUAAUCAAUGUCAGGUUCCUGAAUGUGCCAUUUCUAUAAGUUUUCCUACAGGUGCAAGGUUCCAUGAAAUUGGGCUUUGAGGAUUUUGUAAGUAAGGCUUCUCACACUGGGCUAUUUUCAAAAGGCACUUCGCGAUGUCUGAGAUGAAUGGCACAGAGCUGAGCAUGGAAAAAAAUGGAACUACGGGAAAUGGCAGCUCCUUCAAUCCUAUAUUCCCGCCGAUGGCACGUGAUUACACGUCCUUGACGUAUCUCGUGCCCCUAAUUCUACUCAUCACUCUGGUGAACGGCUUGGUGUUCGUACUCUUUGCACUUCGCAAGCCUAUCCGCACUCCCGCGAACUACCUACUGCUAAGUCUCGCAGUGUCGGACUUCCUAACAGGAUUGGUGAACGUGCCACUGAUAAUCACGGUCAUUAUACCUGUGUAUGGCCUCAUGAGGGGCCUGAUGCCCGCCAUGCACACCUUUGUCAAGCUCACCGCCAUUCUCACUUCAUAUCACAUACUGGCCGUCACGGUGGAAAAGUAUCUCGCAAUUGUCAAACCUCUUCGCCAUCACAUCGCCAACCCAAGCAAAGCGUUCAAAGUGAUCCUCGCGAUCUGGCUCAUCUCUUCACUGAUCGCCGUGGCUCCAAUCUCAUGGAUGCUGCUUCUGCCGCAAACUCUCGAAGCCCGAUUGACGGGUAUCAGGUUGCAGUUCGGCCACGAUGUUUUCUGCUUCGUAGCCGUCUUCUUGAUUCCCUACGUCAUCAUAACUUACUGCCAGACCGUCAUGUUUCGCGCUGUAUCCCGUAGCAACAACAAGGCUCUACUCGGUCGCACCAAGUCUUCCAGAAAAAGCGACAAAUGGUCAAACGACCGAAAGUGCCUGGUUGUUUUCGCCAUCAUGGCGUUGCUCUUCGCCCUCUGCUGGCUGCCAUGGUUUCUGCUUUCUUCGCUUGCUACGUUAUCGGUGCUGUUCCCACAAGCCGGAAUGGCUCCCAACGUCCCGAUCACAGUGUUCAUGAGCUUUCUUAUAGUCCGUCUUCUGACGUCCGUGUUCAACCCUCUGCUGUACACGUUUUUCAAGCGCGAUUUCAUGCUCGCUCUCAAAUCAGUCGUCACUCAGAAGAAGAAUGUGAAUGACACUCGCAUUUUGUCCUGCUCAACCAACAUUGUACAAAAGAACAAUGCUGGGAAACGGAAAUCAUUCGGGAUGAAGCCGAAGAUCCGCGUCGUACGCGACGAGGUCUCUUCUACGGAGGACGGCAGGUAUCUUGGUACCAAUAUUUAAAGACGAGGUCCCGGUAUAUGGAGGGUAAGAUCACUCCUCUCGUAAAUUUCGGCUUAUAACUGAUCCAGUGGUUCUUGGUAGGUCACUACAUAGAUCUUACUAUACUUCACGCUGAAUGGGAUUUGUCGCGUCAGCAAAGUCGAGCAGGCGAAGGAAAAUGGACAGUACCUUCCGUCCCUCAGACAUUUAUUUUCUUCAAACAAAGAGACCUUUCAAUGUUUUUACUCAAAAAGGGGGUGGAUAUCCACCCAACCCAUCCCUGUUUAUCGAUGUAUAGCUCUGGCACCUACCGGUCCUGCAACUGCCAUUCAAGGGACUAGACCUUUUGAUAUCUUAAGGGUGAAAUUCCAAACC